AUGGAUGGGGAUGAUGGUGAUGAUGAAGAUGAAGAUGAUGAUAACAAUGAAAUCUCAUCAAUUUUUUCUAUUCCAACACAAAGAAUGCAACAUAAUUCAUUGAAUUCACAUCAGAAUAAACAUGAUGUAAUUCAAUAUGUUCUAGGUGAUCCUCAGACUAUGUUGAAUCAUUUAACAAAGAAGAUUAAACAAAAAAUACCACAAUUAUCUAAUAAAAAUAUAAUGGAUAAUACUAAAACAAAUGAAGUAUCUAUGGAGAAAUUGAAUAACUUGACGACGCCCCGACAACAACAUACUACUACUACUAGUACUACUAGUACUUCUUUGAAUGAGAAAUCAAUAAAAGGACUAUCCAAGAAGGAUUUAAAACCAAAGCAUAUGGAUAAUGUUAAAGUAAAUGAGGUCCCUUUGGAGAACUUAUAUAACUUGACUCCUCCUCCUCCUCGUCCUCAACAUCAACAUACUACUACUAGUAGUAGUACUAGUACUAGUACUUCCUUGAAUGAAAAAUCAAUAAAAGGAUUAUCCGAGAAGGAACUAAACCAAAAAAUAUGA